AUGUCAAAUACAACAUACGAUGAACUUUGGAAAAACGCACAAGCUAUGUUAGAUGAACUUCUUGAAAUGGAUUCAAGUUUGCAAAACGCUAAACCACAAAAGGAUCGCAAAAAGGCUCAUAACGUGAUUUCGGAAUUAUACGUAAGAUAUGUUUUUGUCUGUAAUAAAUUAGAAUUGUGUUAUGAUCAGAUAAUACAACCGCAAAAACGAGUAUUAAUAAAAAAAUUAUUAGACUCGUGCCUUGGAAGAGUAUUGGAAUUAAAACAUGAAUUGGUGGAAAUAGAUCUUUCGGAAUAUAGCUAUUUCGAUGACAUUCUAAUGAAACUGAACGUUACACCGCAAGAAAUUGAACUUCAAAUACCAAGAUAUUUUAAACGGGAAAACAUGAAAGAGAUCGAUGAAAGGCGAAAAUUUAUAGAAAACACUCUUAGAAAUAUAGGUGCUCUGAAUGAAGUAAUACCAUUAAAACAAAUGACUGAAUCUGAAGCUAUAAGACUUAUACAGGCUCAUGAACGUGCUCGACAGGGCCGAAUAAGAUUUCAAUUUAUGAAAGAGAUUCGUCGGAUGAAAGAGAAGUCUAUAAUUAAAACAGAAGUAGAAAUACAAGAUGAAUUAAGUAAAAUAACAGCUGCAACAAAAAUUCAAAAAGUUUGGAGAGGAUAUGUUACUAGGCAAAAAAUUCGAAAAAGACGUCUCGAGGAGAUGUUAUUAAUUGGGAUGCUUCAACCAAGUCAAGUAGUUACUGAAAAUGCUAGACAAGCUGAAAGAACUAGACAAGAAAGAUAUGAUAAACAAAUGAAAUAUCAAGAAUUAUAUGAAAAUUUGAUGAUUGAAACCAAAGAAAGAAUACGUAAAGAAAAAAGUGCUAUAAUAGAAGAGAAUAUAAGGAGUGAGGUUCGUAACUGGAUUAACAGUUAUUUUCAACAAACAGGAAAAAUUCCUGAUUUGCCAUCUGUCGAGAGUGGUGGAUCUAGAAUUAUAUUGAGUAGGCAGGUAAAAUUAGUAUUUACACUUAUACUCCGGUGUUCCGGAUUUUAA